GGAAACACGUUUCCUUGAGCACAAUAGAAAACUUUCUCAGCGUUUUCAGUGGAGUUUGUUGUUCACUUUUUAUACAUAUUUAUUCGCUAUGAACUUGAUUUAGUCGAUUUACAAAUAUUGGUUAAGUUUCAUAAUGGAUAAAGAGAGACGGCAUAAAAGAGUGGAUUCCCCGGUGCGGGAGUCAAAACCGAAAAUCAAACAUGAGAAACUCAGCCCUGCUAGGCCACAGAGAUCACGCCGCUCGAGUUCGGGGUCCAACGGCAGCCCACCGCCGCAGAGGAGACGAACGAGCAGAUCGCCACCAAGGACAAAAGGUCAUUCGCCAGGUAGAAGGGCGUUGGGAAGACGAGACAGAUCGCCCAAAAACACCGGCAGGAGCCGAAGCCCUACCCAUGGUGCCGAAGUCAAAAUAAAGCGGGAGCAGGAUGACCACAGAGGUGCCGAUGACCGGAGAAGGCGUGACUGCAACGAUAAGCCAGAGCCCUCGGAGCCACCAGUGCGGCGAAGCAGGUGGGAGCAGGCUGACGGACCCAGAGAGUCUGACAGACCCAGGGAGCGAGAACGAGGAGAGAGGGAGAGGGGUGGAGGUGGGGGCAGGCCCAGAGACAGGGACUCCCGCUCUUUCCAGGAGCAGCAGGCCGAGAGACAGCAGCACGACAAUCGACGACGGGACAACCGGCACCGGUUUGAGGAGAACGACGACGAGCGACAAGCUUUUGGACAAGGUACCCAAGAGGGGGGCGAGGGCGAAGUCAGCCCCCCAGUCGAUAAAGAGAAGCCCAACUUUGAACUGUCUGGAGCGCUCACGGAAGAUACCAACACGUUCAGGGGGGAAGUGAUCAAGUACAACGAGCCCCCAGAGGCUCGCAUCCCCAAGCGCAGGUGGCGACUGUACCCCUUCAAGAACGAUGAGCAGCUCCCGGUCAUGUACGUCCACAGGCAGAGUGCCUACCUGAUGGGGCGGCAGAGGAAGAUUGCUGACAUCCCAAUCGACCACCCCUCCUGCUCCAAACAGCACGCAGUGUUCCAGUACAGGCUGGUGGAGUUCACACGUUCGGACGGAACUGGUGGGCGGCGGGUGAAGCCCUACAUCAUUGACCUAGGCUCGGGCAAUGGCACCUACCUGAACAACCAGCGCAUCGAGGCGCAGCGCUACUACGAGCUCAAGGAGAAGGACGUGCUCAAGUUUGGCUUCAGCAGCCGCGAGUACGUCCUGCUGCACGAGUUCUCCGACACAGCCGAGGUGGACGCCAGGGCGGAGGAAGACGACGAGGGCAUGGACGAGUGAAUACAGGACCUCGGAGCCUUUUCGAAUAGUUGAUUUAUGCAUCCUUCCGUCCUACUUUCCUUUGAAGUAAUCACAGAUCUUAAUUGGUUGGAUUGUUGAAAGUAAUAUGAUGUUAUUUAGUUGAACCUAUUCAGUCACUUAUAAAUAUGUGCUUACCUCAGGGAAACAAGGAAGGACAUUUGCAUUUUUUAAAGUAUUCUAACAAGGCCAUGGAUUAUCCCAUCAAGUGUAUUGUGGGAAAAUAAUGUUCUCACUAAUGCCUACCACCUGUUGGCCAUCAUCUCCUUAAAAACACGAAUGGAACAAUGAACUGAACAGAUGGCGUGUUGGGUUAAGCAGCUUUCGGGGUUAACAGAACAAAUAAAAAAAGUGAUAGGAGAAGUCUGUGUGGUCUCUAUUUGGCGAUCAUAAAAACCUGCUUUAACCUGCAGUAACCAGUCUCAAUACUCUCUAUUCUCAGGACAUUAGCGUAAGAUCAGUAGUGUGGUUGAUAUUUCCCCCUAUAUCUGACUGCUUACGUUCAACACAAGUGCUCAAUGCCAGAAAUAAGUUACUUUACAAAAAAUGAUUUUGUUAUUAUAUUUUUGGAAUAGAAUGUUGAAUACAAAGUAAGUAUAUUGCUGAAGGCUAGCCUAUGUCCAGACCUUCACUGUAAAUACACUGGAUGUAUUGAAUGUGAAUGCUGGAUUCAUCAUAUAGCGUACUGUAUUUGGGUUUGAGCGUUGCAAGUUGCAACAAGGAGUAAACAAAGCAUAUGUGUAUAUGUAUCUGCUUUAAAUGUGUGCUUGUGAUGUAGGAAAAAAGUGUAUCGCAGUGUAUUCACGUUUACCCAGUCUUUACCACCGAAUUGACUGUAGGCUAUGGAGGUUUUUGGAGUAAGAUCAUACCACACUGUACAGCAAAGCAUGACUAUUCCCUCUAUAAAGACAAUUUUGUUUUUUACUUUUUCGAACACCAUCUACAUUGUAGUUCCUUUUUAGAUGUUUUGUAUUGUACAUAAAAGUUGUGAAAGACUA